AUGGCUUCCAAGCUCCAGCUCCCGCGCUCCUUCAUUGCAAUUGUGGUUCUCGCGACGGUUAUCCACCCUUGCACAUCCGUUGAGUUUCACCGCAAGCUCGCCAGUUGGUCUAAUGCCGGCGCGACAUGGUAUGGCGCCGCUAAUGGGGCUGGGAGUGAUGGUGGUGCGUGCGGGUACAAGGGCGCCGUCGACCAGCCACCGUUUUCGUCCAUGAUCGCCGCCGGCGGCCCUUCCCUCUACGCAUCUGGCCUUGGCUGUGGAUCUUGCUACCAGGUGAAAUGCACUGGUAACACCGCGUGCUCGAGCAGCCCGGUGACGGUCGUCAUCACAGACCAGUGCCCCGGCGGCCCUUGCUUGGAAGAGCCGCACUUCGACCUGAGCGGGACGGCGUUCGGUGCCAUGGCGAAGCCCGGCCAGGCCGACCAGCUGCGCGCCGCGGGUGUCCUCCAAAUCCAGUUCACCCGAGUGCAGUGCAACUGGGAUGGAGUGAAGCUAACCUUCGUCGUGGACGCCGGCUCGAACCCGAACUACUUGGCCGUGCUCGUCCAGUACCAGAACGGCGACGGGAACCUCUCGGGCGUCGAGCUCAUGCAGAGCGGUGCGGCGGCGGCAUGGACGCCGAUGCAGCACUCGUGGGGCGCUGUCUGGAAGCUCGACGCCGGGUCGGCGCUGCAGGCGCCGCUCUCCCUCCGCCUCACGUCCAGCUCUGGCAAGAAGCUCGUCGCCAGCAACGUCAUCCCGCUUGGGUGGAAGGCCGGCUCUGCGUACCAGUCGACUUAUGGAGAAGCCUGCGUUUACGAGAGAAUGAAUAGAUUGAAAGUUUCUGAAAAAAGUGAAGAAACAGCCCCCUUCGUCGCUCUGAGAAAAAUUGUGUUGAAAGAUGUUGGUAGCAAUGAUGCGGAUUGGAUCCGUGAUCUGAGGUUUAUCCUCAUUGCUGCACAGAAGAAUUGUGGCGCGUGCGGUUACCAAAGCGCCGUCGGCCAGCACCCAUUCUCGUCGAUGAUCGCCGCCGGCGGACCUUCCUUCUUCAAGAGCGGCAAAGGCUGCGGUGCAUGUUAUCAGGUCAAGUGCACCGGUAACAAGGCCUGCUCCGGCCGCCCGGUGACUGUCGUCAUCACUGACAACUGCCCCGACGGUAUAUGCGCCUCGGAGGAUCAUUUCGACAUGAGCGGCACCGCCUUCGGCGCCAUGGCCAACCGAGGGAUGGCUGACCGCCUCCGCUCCGCCGGACAGCUCAAGAUCCACUACGCGAGGGUGCCCUGCAACUACAACGGCAUGAACAUUGUCUUCAAGGUGGACGCGGGCUCCAACCCGUUCUACCUCUCCGUGCUGAUCAUCUACCAGGCCGGCGACGGAGACCUCUCUGCCGUCGACAUCAUGCAGGGCGGCUGCGCGCCCGGCCACCACAACGAUCACGGCGCGCCGUGGAUGGCGAUGAAGCAGUCCUGGGGCGCACUGUGGCUCCUCCAGUCGAACAACGGGAAGCCUCUCCAAGCCCCGUUCUCGUUCCGGCUCACCUCGGGUUCCGGCAAGGUGCUCGAGGUCACCAACGCCAUCCCUUCCGGCUGGACGGCCGGCACGUCCUACAGCUCCUCGGUGAACUACGCCAGCUAG